AUGGCUUCUCCAGUAAUAAUGGAGAGAAGAGCUUCAAUAACAUCCUUAUCUUCUCCUCCGCCUUGUUAUUCUCUCUCUCUUCCUCCCUUACGAAACUACGACGUUUUCCUUAGCCACAGAGCUAAGGACACCGGACGUAGUUUUGCGGCCGAUCUCCAUGAAGCUCUCACGAAUCAAGGAAUUGUAGUUUUCAGAGACGAUGAAGACGAAGAAGAUGGAGGGAAACUGUUAAUGGAGAAGAUGAAGGCCGUGGAAGAAUCGAGGUCUUCGAUCGUGGUUUUUUCGGAGAACUAUGGGAAUUUGGUUUGCAUGAAGGAAAUAGAAAAGAUUGUAAUGUGUAAGGAGUUGAGCAAACAAUUGGUUCUUCCAAUAUUUUACAAAAUAGAUCCAGGCAACGUGAGGAAGCAAAAGGGGAACUUUGAAAAGUACUUUAAUGAACACGAAGAAAAUCCUGAGAUUGAUAUUGAAGAAGUUGAAAGCUGGAGAUAUUCAAUGAACCAAGUUGGCCAUCUCUCUGGAUGGCAUAUCCAGGAUUCCCAGUUAAGUUAUUGUGAUAGUGACUGGGCUGUAGAUGUUAAUGACCGAAAAAGUACAAGUGGAUAUGUGUUCUUUAUUGGUAAUACUACAUUUACCUUGAGCUCUAAGAAGCAACCUAUUGUGACAUUAUCUAUUUGUAAGGUAGAAUAUGUUGCUGCAGUCUCAAGUAUUUAUCAUGUAUUUGGGUUAAGGAAUUUGCUAAAGACCGUGGGAGUUUUUCAAGAUGAUGCUACUGUGACCCAUGUAGACAAUAAGUCUGAAGAAGGAGCCAUCGAUGAAAUUGUGAAGCAUAUUUUCAAUAAAUUGCGUCCGGAUUUGUUUCGGUACGAUGAUAAAUUGGUUGGAAUUGGCCCAAGAUUAUACCAAAUUAAUAUGCUUUUAGGAAUAGGUUUAGAUGACGUACGCUUUGUUGGAAUAUGGGGAAUGGGUGGAAUUGGCAAAACUACUCUCGCUAGAAUUAUUUACAAAAGUGUUUCCCAUUUAUUUGAAGGAUGUUAUUUUUUGGACAAUGUCAAAGAAGCUUUCAAGAAUGAAGGCUUAGUUUCAUUACAAGAAAAACUUCUAACAGGAGCUUUAAUGAAACGAAACAUUGACAUCCCAAAUGCUGAUGGAGCUACAUUGAUCAAGAGAAGAAUAAGUAAUCUUAAAGUUCUUAUAAUUCUUGACGACGUCAACCAUCUAAGCCAACUUCAAAAGUUAGCCGGAGGUUCAAAUUGGUUCGGUUCAGGAAGUCGAGUCAUCGUUACCACAAGAGACGAACAUCUCCUAAUUUCACACGGAAUCAAAAGACGAUACAAUGUCGAAGGGCUAAAGAUUGAAGAAGCUCUUCAACUUUUUUCACAAAAGGCAUUUAGUGAAGACCAUCCAAAGACAGGGUAUUUUGAUCUAUCUAGCCAAGUUGUAGAUUAUGCUGGAGGGCUUCCAUUAGCAAUUGAGGUUCUUGGAUCCUCUUUACGUGAUAAACCAAUGGAGCAAUGGAAAAAUGCAAUGGAAAAGUUGAAGGAAGUUCGUGAUAAGGAAAUUCUUGAAAAGUUGAAAAUUAGUUAUUAUAUGUUAGAGAAGUCUGAACAGAAAAUUUUUCUAGAUAUUGCAUGUUUUUUCAAGAGGAAGAGUAAGAGACAAGCAAUUGAAAUUCUUGAAAGCUUUGGAUUUCCUGCUGUUCUUGGGCUUGAAAUAUUGGAGGAGAAAUCUCUUAUUACUACACCACAUGAUAAGCUACAAAUGCAUGAUUUAAUACAAGAAAUGGGUCAAGAAAUUGUUCGCCAAAACUUUCCGAACGAGCCUGAAAAAAGAAGCAGGUUGUGGCUUCGUGAAGAUAUAAAUCUUGCUCUAAGUCUUGAUGAGGGAACAGAAGCAAUUGAAGGGAUAAUGAUGGAUAUGGAUGAAGAGGGAGAGUCACAUUUGAAUGUCAAAUCAUUUUCAGCAAUGACAAAUCUAAGAGUAUUGAAACUGAACAAUGUUUAUCUUUCUGAAGAACUUCAAUAUCUCUCUGAUCAGCUAAGGUUUCUCGAUUGGCAUGGUUACCCUUUAAAGUGUUUACCAUCAAAUUUCAAUCCCACAAACCUGUUGGAGCUUGAGUUGCCUAGUAGCUCUAUUCAACAUCUUUGGACUGCUUCAAAGAGCUUGGAAACAUUGAAAGUAAUAAAUCUAAGUGAUUCUCAAUUCCUAUCCAAGACCCCUGAUUUUUCAGGUGUUCCAAAUCUUGAAAGAUUGGUUUUGAGUGGUUGUGUAGAAUUACACCAACUUCACCACUCUUUGGGAAAUCUAAAGCAUCUAAUUCAAUUGGACCUCAGAAAUUGCAAGAAAUUAACAACUAUUCCUUUCAAUAUUUGCUUAGAAUCUCUCAACAUUUUGGUUCUUUCAGGCUGUUCAAAUCUCACCCAUUUUCCAAAAAUCUCAGGAAACAUGAACCAUUUAUCAGAGCUUCAUUUAGAUGAAACAUCUAUAAAAAUUUUGCAUUCAUCAAUAGGACAUUUAACGGCACUUGUUUUAUUAAAUCUCAAAAAUUGCACAAAUCUUCUAAAACUUCCUUUCACUAUUGGCUGUUUAACAUCUUUGAAAACCCUGAAUUUAAAUGGCUGCUCAAAACUUAAUAGUCUUCCAGAGAGUUUAGGAAAUAUUUCUUCCUUAGAGAAGCUUGAUAUUACUUGCACUUGUGUAAAUCAAGCUCCAAUGUCACUUCAACUUUUGACCAAACUUGAAAUACUAAAUUGUCAAGGACUAUCUCGCAAAUUUCUUCAUUCAUUAUUCCCCACUUGGAAUUUCACUAGAAAAUUCUCCCAUUCUCAAGGGUUGAAAGUGACAAAUUGGUUUAAUUUUGGUUGUUCUUUGAGGGUUUUGAAUUUGAGUAACUGCAAUUUGUGGGAUGGGGAUUUACCUAAUGACCUUCGUAGCUUAGCUUCAUUACAAAUUCUUCAUCUGAGCAAAAAUCAUUUUACCAAAUUGCCUGAAAGCAUUUGUCAUCUUGUUAAUUUGAGGGAUCUAUUUUUGGUGAAAUGUUUUCAUCUUUUGAGUUUGCCAAAGCUUCCACUAAGUGUUAGAGAAGUGGAAGCAAGAGAUUGUGUUUCACUAAAAGAAUAUUACAAUCAAGAGAAACAAAUUCCUUCAAGUGAGAUGGGAAUGACUUUUAUUCGUUGUCCAAUAUCCACUGAACCAGCUGAAAGAUACAAAAUUGAUCAACCUCAUCUUUCUGCCCUUCACCUAAGGACAAUGACUCAACGAUACCUUGAGUUGUAUCUCCAAGGCCAAGACUUGUGGGAUGUUACAGGAGGCAUUGAAGUCCAUUCACCUGAGAAUGUUGUUGCUUCCAAGAAAUGGAAUAUCAAGGCAGAAUUAGGAAUGAGGGGAUUCAUUAUCCAUGGACUUAAACCUGAAUAUAGAAGCUUUAUUGUUGCUAUUCAAGGUUGGAUAGUCCAACCUUCUUUGAUUGACCUAGAAAACAUGCUUGCUAGUCAACAAGCAUUAGUUAAGUAAAGGAAACUAGUAAAACUAAUCGAAAACAGGAGUCUUUAUGCUAGAGACUACCGUCAUGAGAAGAAGAUAACAGAAAGCAAUGAAAUCACCUUCCAAGCUGAGAGCAUUAGUGAAGAAGAAUUGGAUGUAGAGUCAUGCUUUGCAACAAUAGAUCCUAACCCAUAG